AUGCAACUCCGCAAAGCUGCUCGCAUAAUCUUAGUCGGCGCUCCUGGUGUAGGCAAGGGUACCCAGUCUGAGCGUAUGCUUCAGCGGUUUCCCCAACUAGCCUCGAUCAGCUCCGGAGAUCUCUUGAGAGACAACGUUCGCAGACGGACUCCGNNCUUGGUACCACACGCUCAUGCCUUUUCCAUGAGACAACUGCUGACUUCUGAGUCCAUAGGCAUUCAAGCCGAAUCCCUUAUGAAAGCAGGUUCACUUGUUCCUGACUCGACCAUCUUGCGCCUGAUCACAAACGAGUUGACCACUCGGGGAUGGCUUACUCCCUCUACAACACAGAAACCUUUGAUCAUGAACUCCGUGGCAUCCUCGCUUAACGCCUUCACGUCUUCUCAAGACGAUUUCAUUACUCCAACGACUGCACACCAGGGUCAAUACGACUUCAGCGAUCAGCCAAAUGCCUCUUUCAUCCUCGAUGGCUUUCCUCGCACUGUUGACCAAGCCAUUCAACUUGACAAGUUGAUUCCGAUCAACCUUGUUGUCCAGUUGAACACUCCCACAUCCGUCAUCCUUGACCGCAUCUGUAAUCGCUGGAUCCACGCUGCGUCCGGUCGGGUAUACAACACUACCUUCAACGCCCCCAAAAUUGAAGGAAAAGACGAUAUCACUGGCGAGGCCUUGAUUCAAAGAGACGACGACAAACCGGAGACAUGGCUGGCUCGUCUGAAGAAGUUUGAAGAAACCAGUCAACCUCUGCUCGAACACUACGACAAGCUUGGCGUUCUCUGGAGAGUCGAGGGUAACAGCAGUGACGAAAUCACUCCCAAGCUCUUCGAUGAGUUCAACAAGAGAUUUGGAUUGUCAUGA